AUGCACGCCAGCACAAUAGCUAUCUGGUUAUUCGCCUCGGCCUUCACAACGCCCUACAACUGGUAUCAAAGCGGCGAUUUCGUCGACCAGCUCUUCCGCAUCUCAAACGCCAUCUACUUCGCCCCCUUCCUGUUAGUGCACGCCUUCCCCACGCUCAGCGGCUUCUACCUCUUCCAGAAUCUUUUAUUCCGGGCGACGGGCCGCGGCAGGGGCCCCCGGGCAACCAACUACCUGAUCGCACUCUACAGCCUGCAGGGCUUCUGGGUCAUUGGGGGUCUGCAGCGACGCGGGUGGUCGGGGGACUCGCUGCCCAUGCUGAGGUGGAUGGGUAAUAACGCGGUCCCAUGCAUCGCCGCGCUAUAUCUGACUUUGCUGUGGAUGAGCCCGCUCGUGCAGGAGUACCGGCGGACCAACGUGGUGAUCCUGGAGAUACAGUACGCAACACAGGAUGCGCUGCCGUUCCUGGGUGGGCUCUCGGUCCUACUCGUGGUGUCGACCGUGAUACUGUAUAUUGGUAUGUCGCCGACGUAUUAUCGGAAGUACCAGCUUGUGGCGUUGAGGUUUGUGCGGUGGGGCUUCGUGACGUCGAUGAGCAAGACUGGGAUGCUGAAUUUUCUGUGGUUUGCAAGAUGGGGGUGGAGGUUUUAUGGGCAGAAUGGGCUGUGGGCGGUGGGGGUGGCUGCCUUGCUGACUGCGUUUAUUGCAAUCAUGGCCUGGGGCGGUGGAAAUUACGGGUCGUUCGUGAAUGGAUUGAUCUCUAAAAGCGGGACGGUCUGGGAUUUCUAUCUGCUGGUUUCGCCGUUGAUUUUUGCUCUCUUCUCGAUGGAGGCCUACGGCGCCUUGUAUUGGGUCGAGGUUUUGUGGGAGAGAUUUACGGGCGAGGUGGUAUAUGGACCAGAAUUGCCCCCACCCCUGACCCCAGCGGAGGCUGCUGAAAACGCCCGACUUGCCGCAUCACUCGCACGGCAGAUGAAUUCCGACAACCUGGCCGUCAACGCCCGUGCCCAGGCCCAAGCAAGCGUACAGCUCGCAAACAUCAUCGAGACGAACGAGCAGAGGAGAGUCCUUAUAAGUGGCCUCAGAGCUCGGCUAGCCGCAGGCAUCAAGGGGCUGCGGGUUGAGCUCCCGGUGAAUCCACUCGACCAGGUACUGCGGGGUGCGGCGGUAGCGGCGACGGCAACGGACGACGACGAGGAGGCAGCGGCAGCAGCGAGAAGAACUAUCAUGAGAUUGAUAGUCCAGGGAUACAUGACACGCCAACCGGUACCACUAGAGCUCGAGAUACGCAUGGCAGACGCAGCCGGUGACGGUGUUCCUCUUGCGACAUACCCUCCCGCCGCCGCAUUGGCGCCUGCCCCCCCCGCCGGCGCCCCGGUCUGGCCUGUUGCGGAUGGGGCAGAUGGGGCAGAUGGAGAUGGGGCCAGUGAUGCCGCCAGCGAGGACGUUGGCGGUGCCUCUCCAGUAUCAGUGAUCGGCUACGCGCUCCCGGCGGCUCCACUCGGGCCUCCGCCCGCAGUGCGAGUCCGCCGCCGUGUAGACGUAAGAGCCGCGCGCAGGGACGACUAUGAGUGGGGUGAACCAAUCUACGGGUUUCCGAUGGAGCCCUUGCACGCUGCGAAUAUCAACAUGGAGGGUGGGACGCAUGCGGCAGCUGCCACAUUCGAUCUGGUGCCGGCUUAUGAUCCUGACGCGGACUUUGAUCCCGGGGCCGAUAUCGACGAUCCGGUGGACGACGACCCCGCGGAGGCGCAGGCCGAUCCGGAGGCGCCCAGUAUGUCAGAGCAGGAUAGUGAGGUUAUGUCGCCCGUAUUCUCGCUGCAGAAUGAUGCUUAUGAGGAGGAGUUUCUGUUCUGGACGGCCCCCCCACCCCCGCCGGCGGGCGCGGCGCCCGAUCCAUAUGCGGGGAGGGUCAGAGGUCCGAUAGUACCGCCGGUGGGAGCGGCAAGGAUGAGAAAUGGAGCGCCAUGGGCGCAUGAUGGGAGUGUUCCGCAUCCUACUGCUGAUGCUGACGGUUACCACUACCAAACCGACGACUCUGUCGCCACAGACGGCCUCUACCGCCCCCGCACCCCCGACACAAUUCCAAACGAAGCCAACCUGAUCGCCCUCCAAGCAGCCUGGACUACCGGCCACGCAGCCCGAGUCGCCCAAGAACGCAUAAACUUCGACAUCCUCGCAUCGCGCGCAGACAAUGAGGAAGAGCUCAACAUCGAUAUCGACACCUACAACAACUGCUACGCCGUGACGCGCUGUGUGCGCAGUAACAACGAGAUACAUACACGCGGCAUGGCGCAAGAGCUGCGCGAGAAUAUGGACAGCCAGUAUGCGUACGAUAAUAUCGAAGACAACUAUGCCUUUCCACAGCGGCGUGGGGUGCCUCCGCGGCCGGCGUUCGCCGCACUGCCGCUUCAGGACCCGCAAAAUAUGAUAUGCUACGAUAGGAAUACUGCUGUCCAGGAGCGGGCCGGUUUCUCAAGUGAGCGGAGACUAUAUGAAUUAUGGGAAAAUAAUGAACAGCUAUAUGCUGCAUAUAGUAGGGGGAGAAACGAACAUAUCGCUGCUAGAACAGCUGAGAGGACAUUAAGAACCGGGUACAGAAAUGAGUUGAGGGCACAAAGAACUGCGAGAGCUCCGCCACCGAAGGAUGGCCCCAAGGAUGGACCAAAAGAUGGACCUAAGGAUGGGCCGAAGGAUGGUCCAAAAGAUGGUCCAAAGGAUGGCCCGAAGGAUGGCCCCAAAGAUGGACCAAAGGAUGGCCCGAAGGAUGGACCAAAAGACGGCCCUAAGGAUGGACUAAAGGAUGGCCCCAAGGAUGGACUAAAAGAUGGUCCAAAAGAUGGUCCAAAAGAUGGUCCAAAAGACGGCCCCAAGGAUGGUCCAAAAGAUGGUCCAAAAGAUGGUCCAAAAGACGGCCCCAAGGAUGGUCCAAAGGAUGGUCCAAAAGAUGGUCCAAAAGACGGCCCCAAAGAUGGACCAAAGGAUGGCACGAAGGAUGGACCAAAGGAUGGGCCAAAAGAUGGACCAAAAGACGGCCCCAAGGAUGGACUAAAGGAUGGCCCCAAGGAUGGUCCAAGGAUGGUCCUGCAGAUGAUUCCAAAGACGGACCUCCGCCACCACCUCCACCGCCUCCACCACCUCCGAUGGCACUAG